ACCGUUUCAGACUCAAGCUCGUCGCGCUGUGUCCUCACCGUCUCAAGCUCAGUCGCCGCCCUUCUGCGCUCGCUUCGCCGGCGGAAGAACCAGACGGAACUAGCAUCUGCUCCCUCGGGUGGUGGUCAUUGUCGUCUUCUUACUUCCGCCGUCAGUUCAGUUGGUCAGCUUCCUUCCUUCGCCGUCAGUUGGUCCCUGGCAGGUGCUGAGGUUUGCAUGCAAACACACAUGUCAAAGAAGAAAAGCUGCUGUAUUGAACACUACACUCGGUGCACCUUUAUCUUGCACCACUUUAUGCUUCUGCAACUUCGUUUGCCAUUUGGCAUUAGGUGCAGCGAGUGAAUGUGCUGCUCAAUGGGGUCGUGAACGUGGUUGAAGGUGUGGUCCUUUGGCAUGGAGCUAAAAAUGUUUUAAGAAUAUAAGAUAGAUACGGAAAAAAAAACCUCAUUUUGAAAAUCUAUUGAUGCGCCCCUCUACUCUCAGAUACUUCCCUCUUUCAAAUGUCUCUCGCAAUCACAAUCUUCACUACCAUUCUCAACCCUUUAAUCAUGCUUUGCCUUUUUUCAGAACCAAUGGCCCAACACUCGAAUUCAAUGAUACUUUGCUCCUCCGUUACCUCUCCAAUGGCUGGCACCAUGAAGCACGAGAUCUACUUUACAAGUCCUCUCGAGGCCACCCCCAUGCUCGUAUUGUUCAUUGGACUUCCCUGCUCACAAAGUACUCGCGAGACGGUUUCAUCCGUGAAGCUCGAAUGCUGUUCGAUAUAAUGCCUCACAGAAACAUAGUCACUUAUAACGCGAUGUUGUCUGGGUACCUGCAAUCUGGCAUGCUUGAUGAGGCUUCAUGGUUCUUUGAGCAUAUGCCGAAGAGGAAUGUUAUUUCCUGGACUGCUAUGCUUGGUGGGUUGGCAGAUGCAGGGAGGAUUGGAGAUGCUUGGAGGCUGUUUGAUGAAAUGCCAGAGAAGAAUGUGAUCUCUUGGAAUUCGAUGGUGGCAGGGUUGGUAAGGAAUGGGGAGUGGGACAAAGCAAGGAUGGUUUUUGAACAGACCCCAGAAAAAAAUGUGGCUUCUUGGAAUGGUAUGAUCGCGGGUUAUGUGGAAAAAGGUAGAAUGGAUGAAGCAAGAGCGUUGUUUGAGGAGAUGGGGUGUAGGAAUGUGGUUAGUUGGACAAGCAUGAUUUCUGGUUACUGUAGGGUAGGCAAUGUGGAUGAAGCUUAUAGUUUGUUCCAGACCAUGUCGGAGAAAAAUGUAGUUUCUUGGACAGCCAUGAUUGGUGGAUUUACCUGGAACGGCUUGUGUGCAGAGGCAUUAUCGCUUUUUCUUGAGAUGAGACACUCUAAUGCAAUACCGAACAGUGAGACCUUUAUUUCUUUGGCCUAUGCAUGUGCAGGUUUAGGUUUUCCUACCCUUGGCAAGCAGUUACAUGCUUAUAUAAUUGUCAAUGGUUGUAAGCUUGAUGAUUAUGAUGGCAGGCUACAAAGAAGUCUCAUUCGGAUGUACUCUGCAUUUGGUCUUAUGGACUCAGCUCAAAGUCUACUAGAAAGUGAUGUGAAUAACUGUGAUGAACAAUCAUUUAAUUCUAUGAUAAAUGGUUACAUUCAGGCUGGUGAGUUAGAAAAAGCUGAAGAUUUGUUUCACAGACUACCCAUCAAAAACACAAUUGCAAGCACAUGCAUGAUUGCUGGCUAUCUUAGUGCUGGGAAAGUAUUAAAGGCAUGCAAUCUCUUUAAUAACAUGGUUGACAAGGAUUCCCUUGCAUGGACUUCAAUGAUUUAUGGGUAUGUUGAAAAUGAGUUGAUUACCGAAGCCAUCGACUUGUUUGCUGCAAUGAUGGCUGAUGGUGUUAUGCCAAUAAAUUCUACAUUCUCUGUUCUUUUCGGUGCUAUUGGUUCAGUUGCAUAUCUUGAACAGGGGCGCCAAUUACAUGCCAUGCAGUUGAAGACCAUAUAUGACUAUGAUUUGAUUCUUGAGAACUCUCUUAUAUCAAUGUAUGCAAAAUGUGGAGAGAUAGAGGAUGCAUAUAGGAUAUUCUCUAGCAUGUACUACCGAGACAAAAUUUCUUGGAACAUAAUGAUUAUGGGCUUUGGAGAUCAUGGGAGGGCUAGUGAGGCUUUAAAGGAGUACGAAAUCAUGCAUGAAUAUGGUAUUAACCCAGAUGGUGUUACUUUUCUAGGUGUCUUGACAGCAUGUGCUCAUGCUGGUCUUGUUGAUAAAGGGUUGGAGUUAUUUCGUGCCAUGGUUAAUGUUCAUGGAAUACAACCUGGUCUUGAGCAUUGCAUUAGUAUGAUCAAUCUUCUGGGACGAGCAGGAAAGGUUAAGGAUGCAGAGGAGUUUGUCUUGGGGCUUCCUAUAGAACCAGAUUAUGCCAUUUGGGGGGCAUUGCUUGCGGUUUGCGGUUUGGGUAAAACAGAUGUGGAUGUUGCUAGGCAUGCUGCAAAGCGACUGCUUGAGUUGGAUCCUCUAAAUAUCCCAGGCCAUGUUGCUCUCUGUAAUGUAUAUGCUGCAAAAGCUUGCCACAUUGAGGGGGCAAGUUUGAGAAAAGAAAUGAGGUUGAAAGGCAUGAGGAAGAGACCUGGGUGUAGUUGGAUUUUAGUGAAGGGUAGAGUUCAUGUUUUCUCAUCGGGAGAUAGACUGGAACAACAAGGAGAUACGAGUGUGUUUUAGCAUGAACGGAAAACAUUUAAAUAAAAUGAACUGAAAACCCUGACAUACCUACGCCAGAAGGAUUUCAAAUCAAACAGACCCAGUAGAUGAUAGAGUCGUCAUCAUCAACAGCAACCCUAACCAAUAUCCAUCCCAACCCAUCAUUCACCUCCACAUCAAAAAAGAAAUCUCAAUCAAUUGGCAAAGAUACGGUACAGAAGUAGCUAGAAUUAGGAUUUUUAGCAGCAGCUAGCUAGCUAGAAAUCUAAAAUAGAGUAUCUGGGAAAUAGGCAAAGAUAUGAUGUGAUUAGAAGAUAUGGAGUGAACUUGCUGCACUCGAUGAUUGCAUUGACCAGCGGUUGACGCAUAUUCAGAAACUUCCUGCACUGAAAAGAAAAAAAAAAAAAUCUUUUUGGGACCAAAUAUUCAAUUUGAACAUAAGCGAUUUCAAAAGGAUCCAAAAUAAAUGAAAUAAAAACCAUAAUUCACUUCUUAAUGUUUGAUCUUCUUUUAUAUAUUCUAAAAUUAUCAAUAAGUUUCUCUUUAGAUAUCAUUGUACUUACACACACCAAGUAUUAUGGCAUUCACUUUAUUGCUCUUUCAUAUUAAACCAAAGCUAGACAUACUCUUUCUAUUAGGUGUGAUUCAUCUAUUCACUUAUUUUUGUUAUUCCUAUUCUUUAGCCAACAAUAUCAUAAUUAAAGAGUAGAAAAAUUUCAAUGAAGAGAAAAAGAGAUGAAGAAUUUACAAUAAGAAAUGGUUAGUUGUUUCUUGUGAUUAUUGUUAUUUAUUUGAUUAAUGAUGUAUUACUUAUGUUUACAUGAGUUUAUGAAUAUCACCAAAAUUUUGUAUAUACGUGGUAUGUGGUUUGUAUAGUUGUGUUUAUUUUUUUCCCUCAGUUUUAGUAUUAAAAUUAUAUGUUUUUUUUAUAUAGAUCAAAAGACCUUUUUGUUCGAGAGUAUACUAACUUCUGAUUGAUCGAUAUUGAUUGAUGGAGGUAUAUAUACACACAGAUACACACAAAUAUGCUUAUAUGCAUAUAUAUUUUUUUUGUUUUUAUAAAUAGUGGCUAAUAAUAAUUGAGUUUUUAGUGCUAUUUUGUUAUCUUUUAAUUUUGGAUUUACUAAAUACAUUGGUUGACUUAGAUGAAGAUAUUAUCGAUGACACUCUCAAUAAUGUAUUGAGUAUUGACAACUCCUCUUGAUCUCAAGGAUCAUGUGAUGUUUACACCAAGUGAAAUGAAAGACAUCAAGCUGCAGACCCUCGAGUGUAUAGUGAACCCAUGGAUACUGAAAUUGUUGGUCUUAUUGUUGGUGACUUUGAUGGCUCCGAUACUGGACGUGAUGUCAUUGUUCAAUCUAGGAAUGGAGCGCUACAAUGUAUGUAUUCAUGAGACACAUACUUGCUACUGGCGAAUGCAAUAUCCUUUGUUGAACAAUAAUUGGGAGUAUUAGAGAAACUAAUUUGUUGAUGGACAUAUGGGUACAAGGAAGAAUAAUCUGGCUGAUUCAGUUGCUGAUUUUGGAUUGUGAGGCAAUGCUUUGAUAACUUUUGCCUGGUGAUGAUGAUGAUGAUCAACAUUAUUUGAUGCCAAAAAUGUUGGUGCCACAGGGAACAAAGGAAGUACAUCACCUUUCCUUUUCUUGCAAGGACUACUACUCCUACUACUUGUUGUGCUUCUAUCUUUAUCUUUUGUAACAUUAUUGGUAGUUCUUGGCAUUAUUUGACUUGU